CAGACCACAGGUAGUUUUCCUGCUGACAUUCAGACACCAUGGAGCUGCGUCUCUCUGCCUGCAUCCUGCUGGUACUUUGUGCGACAUGGAGUGCAGAUGGAGGAAAUAUUUUGGUGUGGUACACCGAUGGCAGCCACUGGAUAAACAUGAAGCCUGUUCUGGAGACGCUGGUUGACAGGGGACACCAGGUGACUGUACUGAUUCCGAGCUCGUCAAUGUACAUGAACAUCAAUGAACCUGCCCGCUUUCGCUAUGAGCCCUUUAAUGCCUCUUUCUCGUUGGAGGCUUUAGAAGAGUUUCUAGAAGAGUUCCUCCAAUUCACCUUAUACGAGUUUGAUUAUAUGAACUACUGGGAGAUCUUCACCAGAAUCAUUAAAUAUGUGAACACACACCUUCAGAUUUCUAUCCAGUAUUUGGACGGUGUGGUGAAAUCAGAAGUCAUCAUGAAGAAGUUGAAAGAGGGAAAUUACGAUCUUCUCUUGGCUGACCCAGUCAAAGCUGGCAGUGACUUAGUAGCAGAUAUUUUGGGGAUCCCACUCAUCUUGUCCUUUCGCUGUUUCUUAGUUAAUAACUGGGAGAGGCAUUGUGGUCAGAUGCCUGCUCCACCAUCCUUUGUUCCCGGUGCUAUGAGCAAACUCACAGAUAAGAUGGACUUCUCAGAGAGAGUGUGGAACUUUCUCUUCUACACUUUCCACGAUAUCGUGACUGAUCACACUUUUUGGAACGUAUUAGACAGAUAUUACUCUGAUGUCAAAGGAACUCCCACCAGUGCCUGUGAGUUGAUGAGUAAAGCAGACAUCUGGUUAAUUCGAACCUACUGGGAUUUUGAAUUCCCUCGUCCUUUCCUCCCCAACUUCAAAUAUGUUGGUGGGAUCCACUGCAGACCUGCUAAACCUUUACCAGAGGAUCUGGAGGAAUUUGUGCAGAGUUCUGGAGAUGAUGGCAUUGUGAUCUUCACUUUAGGAUCCAUGAUCAAAAACAUCACCAAGGAGAAGGCAAACAUGAUAGCCUCAGGCCUCGCUCAGAUCCCACAAAAGGUGCUGUGGAGGUACAGAGGAGAAAAACCAGAAACCUUGAGCGCCAACACUAGAAUAUAUGACUGGAUCCCUCAGAAUGACCUCCUGGGUCACCCUAAAACUAGAGCUUUCAUCACUCACGGAGGCACAAAUGGGAUUUAUGAAGCCAUCUACCACGGGGUUCCCAUGGUGGGCAUACCCAUAUUUGGUGACCAGCCAGACAACAUGGUCCAUAUGAAGGAAAAAGGAGCUGCAGUUAUUCUCAAUUUGAACUUCAUCACAGCUGAGGACCUUAGAGACGUAAUCAACACAGUCAUCAAUGAUAAAUCGUACAAAGAAAAUGCUAUGCGGCUGUCCAGCAUCCACCACGACAGACCCAUGAGUGCUCUGGAAGAGGCAGUAUUCUGGAUCGAGUUCACACUGAGAAACAAAGGGGCCAAGCACUUGAGGGUCCAGGCCCAUGAGCUCACCUGGUACCAGUAUCACAGCCUGGAUGUCCUGGGCUUCGUCCUCACUAUGGUUCUACUCAUCAUAUUCAUCUUCAUCAAGACCUGCAGUUUCUGCCUGCACAGGUGCUGUGUCAGGAAAGGAAAGGCAAAAAGGAAAGCUGAAUAACAUCUGGAACAGUCAGACACCAUGGAGCUGCGUCUCUCUGCCUGCAUCCUGCUGGUACUUUGUGCGACAUGGAGUGCAGAUGGAGGAAAUAUUUUGGUGUGGUACACCGAUGGCAGCCACUGGAUAAACAUGAAGCCUGUUCUGGAGACGCUGGUUGACAGGGGACACCAGGUGACUGUACUGAUUCCGAGCUCGUCAAUGUACAUGAACACCAAUGAACCUGCCCGCUUUCACUAUGAGCCCUUCAACGCCUCUUUCUCAUUGGAGACUAUAGAGAAGUUUCUAGAAGAGUUCCUCCAAUUCUCCAUAUACGAGAUUGAUUAUAUGAACUACUGGGAGAUCUACAUCAGAUUCAUUAACAUUGCAAAGACAAACCUUCAGUACAAUAUUCAGUAUUUGGACGGUGUGGUGAAAUCAGAAGUCAUCAUGAAGAAGUUGAAAGAGGGAAAUUAUGACCUUCUCUUGGCUGACCCAAUCAACCCUGGCAGUGACUUAGUAGCAGAUAUUUUGGGGAUCCCACUCGUCUUCUCCUUGCGCUUCUCUAUAGCUAAUAACUGGGAGAGGCAUUGUGGUCAGAUGCCUGCUCCACCAUCCUUUGUUCCCGGUGCUAUGAGCAAACUCACAGAUAAGAUGGACUUCUCAGAGAGAGUGUGGAACUUUCUCUUCUACGCUCUUCAAGACAUCGUGAUUGAUCACACUUUUUGGAACGUAUUAGACAGAUAUUACUCUGAUGUCAAAGGAACUCCCACCAGUGCCUGUGAGUUGAUGAGUAAAGCAGACAUCUGGUUAAUUCGAACCUACUGGGAUUUUGAAUUCCCUCGUCCUUUCCUCCCCAACUUCAAAUAUGUUGGUGGGAUCCACUGCAGACCUGCUAAACUUUUACCAGAGGAUCUGGAGGAAUUUGUGCAGAGUUCUGGAGAUGAUGGCAUUGUGAUCUUCACUUUAGGAUCCAUGAUCAACAACAUCACCAAGGAGAAGGCAAACAUGAUAGCCUCAGGCCUCGCUCAGAUCCCACAAAAGGUGCUGUGGAGGUACAAAGGAGAAAAACCAGAAGCCUUGAGUGCCAACAUUAGAAUAUAUGACUGGAUCCCUCAGAAUGACCUCCUGGGUCACCCUAAAACUAGAGCUUUCAUCACUCACGGAGGCACAAACGGGAUUUAUGAAGCCAUCUACCACGGUGUUCCCAUGGUGGGCAUACCCAUGUUUGGUGACCAGCCAGACAACAUGAUCCAUAUGAAGGAAAAAGGAACUGCAGUUAUUCUCAAUUUGAACUUCAUCACAGCUGAGGACCUUAGAGAUGCAGUCAACACAGUCAUCAAUGACAAAUCGUACAAAGAAAAUGCUAUGCGGCUGUCCAGCAUCCACCACGACAGACCCAUGAGUGCUCUGGAAGAGGCAGUAUUCUGGAUCGAGUUCACACUGAGAAACAAAGGGGCCAAGCACUUGAGGGUCCAGGCCCAUGAGCUCACCUGGUACCAGUAUCACAGCCUGGAUGUCCUGGGCUUCGUCCUCACUAUGGUUCUACUCAUCAUAUUCAUCUUCAUCAAGACCUGCAGUUUCUGCCUGCACAGGUGCUGUGUCAGGAAAGGAAAGGCAAAAAGGAAAGCUGAAUAACAUCUGAAACAGGUGCUGUGAAUGUUGGGCCGGGGCAAUAUUUGUUACCUACAUGAGACUUUCUUUCAUGUAUGUUGAGUUUCCCAUCAUUUUAUUCUUUAUGUAUCACCACUAAUUACUUUAACUGAAGACAGGUGUACCAGUUUGCAGAAGUGUACCUGAAAUUAAUCUCACUUUAAAAACCGAAUGCUGAUUGAUUGUUGAAUUUUGCUUCCCCCCCCCCGAGAAGAAAACUCACAAAAUUCAUUCUAUGCCUUUACUUGAGUAAUACUCAUGAAAAGUCACCACUUUAGGUCCUCUUGGCACUACAUGUGGUCAACAUUUAUACAAAUAUGGAAGAUGGGCUCCAAAUUGAACUUUUACAUACAGAACUCAUUAACAUAAAUCACAUUAACAAACCAAACUGCCCUCCAUGUCCUGAAAGAGGUUUACACAAAUACAUUUGAAUCACAGCUAGUAUUUGUUCCCCCUCCCCCCAUAUGAAUUGUACAGGAAUAAUUUUAUUUUCAUCAUUUUUUCAAUUUUCCAUCUUCUUUCACUUUCCACAGCAUCAGCUCCAUACAGGCAGUAGCAUCUUCUGCAGUGUCAUGACCACAAACUAAGGGGGGGGGGAAUCAUUUUUUAAAAAUUCAAUGCAAUUGAAAUCAACAUCUUCAGAAAUAAAUCUGAUAUCUGCUGCACGAGUCUGUGGCAUUCAAUGUUAUAAGUCAUAUUAAUAAGUCAUCUUUAUUUGGAAUGUAAUGAUAUUAUAAUAACGGAUAAACCAUUUGCAUGGUGGUAACCCACCACUCUCUUGAAUGAUCCUUCUGAGGUAUUCAGCUGUGAGCUUGUUCAGGGUCAGUUUGUGAGGGGGGCCCAGACGGUGGGGAAAGACUACCGAUGUAUCCACCACCAUCCCGUGGAGCAGCUGCAGUAAACAGGAAGAUAUCUCAAGCUUUUCUUAUUGGUUAGAACUUGAUAAAUUACUGUUUUACUUUCAACAUGAACUAUAGCUACAGAAUAUGGAGAAGCAACCAGUGAAUCUUGCAGCAAACAGUCCCUUUAAUGGGACUGUUUGCUGUCCCAGUGGUGGCCCCGUCGUCACCACUAGAUUCUCCCAGAACGACACCAUGCUCAGUUCAGAAGAAAAUAACAUUGGAGCAGCUUUCCAUCACUGCA